AGAGUACAAACAAGUGUGUGCAAUGGCGACGAAGGUGAAAACUCGAAAUGUUACUCCAAUCAUUGCUUGGGUGCGAGACUUCUUGCUUGGGAGACCAUAUACCCAAGCUCUGAGAUUUAAAGACUGGAUCGUUCCAAGAGAUCAGCCUGCACCUGUUCUGCCUCUAGGCAUUACUCACAAGCUGUCGGACAACUACUAUCAUACCCGUGAUGGCAGGGGAGAGUCCAGACCAAACACGACAGUAUACAGCUCAAGUCAGAAGACACUAAUGUCUGGUGAUGCACCACCGUCUAAUACUAAUAGGAAGUCUGUUCCAACUCCGGGGAACCUACAUCACUGGGACUAGUGAGGAUGUGUGCUCCCAAUCAUCUGAAAUACCAGCCGAGGUGCCAUUUCUCAAGUAGAUGCCACACUAUUGACUUUAUGCCGAUUUCCACAUAAUUCUCAAGGCAAACUUAAAAAUUUAAAUAUAUUCGAUGCUAGUGAAUUAUUUAAGAGUAAAGUUUUUCUACCGUUAUUUGAUGAGUCAUUCGGUCCAUUAGUGAAGUGCUAACGUCCUGAAAUUAUUUGUCAAGUGCAUUGCAAAGAAACUGAACGAGUCAGUUGAUGUCCACUUUCAUAGGUGCAUAUGCUCAUAGUGUUGAUAAUAGUUGCUUACUGAUGGGUUGGCUUCAUGGAGCAUGUAAUUUGAGUGCACAACCAUACUACUAUUCGAUAUGUGUUUGUAAAUUAUCUGUUAUGCAUUAAAGUUAUAAAAAAAUAGAACCAAACUGUAUAAUGA